AUGAAUGUGAUUUUUCAUGACCUAAUUGGAAGGUUUAUGGAAGUUUACAUUGAUGACAUAGUAGUAAAACCACAUACAUUUGAUGAGCAUAUAGACUACUUAAGGCAAGUCUUGAUGAGGAUGAGACAAUACAAGUUGAAAAUGAAUGCAAUGAAAUGCGCUUUUGGAGUUACUGCUGGAAAUUUUUUGGGAUUUCUGGUUCAUAAGAAAGGAAUUGAGGUUGAUAAAGAUAAGGCUAAAGCUAUAAUAGAAGCACAGCCUCCAACAAAUAAACAAGAACUCCAACAGUUUUUGGGACAGGUAAAUUUCCUCAGGAGAUUUAUCUCCAAUUUAUCUGAAAAAACUCUUGCUUUUUCCCCACUUUUGAAGUUAAAGUCUCAGAAAGAUUUUAAAUGGGAAAAAAAACAUCAGAAGGCUUUUGAGUUUUUGAAGCAAUCAUUGAUAAGGCCUCCUGUUCUGAUGCCACCAAUAAUUGAAAAACCUUUAAAAUUGUAUAUCUCAGUAGGUCACCAAUCGAUUGGUUGUCUUUUGGCUCAAGACAAUGAAAAUGGUCAUGAACAAGCCAUUUAUUAUCUUAGCAGGAGAUUAAAUGAAUGUGAGAUAAAAUAUAAGCCUAUUGAAAAGUUAUGCUUAACAUUGUAUUUUUCUGUCAUCAAGUUAAGAUAUUACAUGUUAUCGUCGACGGUGCAUGUAAUUGCACAGACAUAUAUCAUUAAAUAUAUCUUAACAAGGCCCAUAUUAAGAGGCAAACAAGGAAAAUGGUUGUUAUCUUUAAUAGAAUAUGAUUUACAGUACGUGCCUCAAAAGGCAGUAAAAGGGCAAGCUUUAGCUGAUUUCGUAGCUAAUCAUCCUAACAUGUUAAUGGAAAAGGAUGAAUUUGAGAUACAUAUGAUUGAAAUAAAACCAUGGAAAUUGUCAUUCGAUGGUUCUAAAACUGAUAGAGGGGUUGGAACAGGCGUAGUUUUUACAUCUCCGAAAGGGGAAUUUUUACAGUUCUCUUUUCAGUUAUAUGAAAGCAGGAUUUUGACCAAUAAUCAAGCUGAGUAUGAAGCUUUGAUUAUCGGUUUAGAGAUUGCAAAAGAAUUGAAUAUUAGAUAUUUAAAUGUUACGGGGGAUUCACAAUUGGUGAUCCGACAGAUAACAGUACGAUUGCAACAUGUCUAUAGAUUAGAAAAUGGUGAUGCUAAUCAAAUGGCACAAAUUGCUUCUGGAAUUAGGAUUCCAGAAGGGCAAACUGAAAAAUUAAUAAGAGUCCAAAAGAGAUUCUUGCCUUUCUCUAUCGAAAGAGAUAAGAAUGAUUUUGAUAUUUUGGAACUAAAUUUGGUUGAUGAUUGGAGAGUUCCAAUAAGGAAGUUCCUAGAGAAUCCGAAUGAAAAAACAGAUAGAAAUAUAAAACAAAGGGCCAUUAACUAUGUUAUAAUAGGCAAUGAUUUGUUUAGAAAAUCUUCAGAUGAAGUGUUAUUGCUUCGUAUUGCUAAACCCCAGACAAUGACAGUUAUGGGAGAAGUUCAUGAAGGAACUUGUGGUUCUCAUCAAUCUGGAGAGAAAAUGAAAUGGUUACUUAAAAGAUACGGCUAUUAUUGGCCAACAAUAAGGAAAGAUUGCAUCUCUUAUGCUAAGGGAUAUCAAAAAUGUCAACAAUAUGGACCUAUUCAAAGGGUUCCAGCUUUUCCUUUACAAUCGAUUGUUAAACCAUGGCCUUUCAGAGGUUGGGCAAUUGAUAUGAUUGGAGAAAUAAUUCCUCAUUCUUCUCAACAACAUGAGUAUGUAAUGGUAGCUACUGAUUAUUUUACGAAAUGGACGGAAGCUAUCCCAUUGAAGAGUGUAGCACAAAAAUAG